AUGGCUUUGACUCUGUUCAGAAAUGCUGCUCAUUCCAUACGUCCAGCGCAUAUCAUCCGGACCUUGUCGUCUGCCUCAUCUGUCCGGAAGGAUUUUGUUCAAGACCUUUAUUUGAGGGAGCUGAAGGCAUACAAGCCCCCACCGGCCGUCAAAGAUGCGCACGUCGGCAACGUGAAAGAAAUAAAAAUCCCAUUGGCUCCUACCCCUCCUUCUCUACCAUCUGACCUUUCCGCCGAGCUCUCAGCUUAUGAUAAGUCGCAACCCGCUCUCGCGAAUGACACCAUUAGCGCCGCUGCUACUUCCAGCAUCGAUGCUCCCAGUGGUGCCGAUGCCUUCUUGGCUUUCCUGGAACAGGAUCCUCCCAAGGAAGAAGCCCACCACUAAAUCCGUGAUAAUAGACGCUAGGGAGAUAUCGAUACUAUUCGCAGUAUUCGCGCUGUAACGGAACACUAUCGUAUUUUCUAAAAAAUCAAUUCGAUACUUCCAAACCAUUGGAUUGUUUGAUUUCGACGUAGCGCCUCAUAUAUUCUACGAAUUAAGCAACAGCAAGAAACCAAUUUACAACAUAAAUGAAUAGU